CGGCCGGGCUGCUGCCGGGGUCUCAGCUUCUGUGUGUGGUGUCUCUUAUUUUGGGUUCAUUUUGCUGGCAGCGAGGUUGCCUCGUCGCCGAGUGGGGCUUUCCGCGUCUCGCCGUCGGGUGGUGGCGGCCGGGCGGUAACCGCGGAGGGCCACGUUUCGCCGGAGGGGUAACCCCCGGCCGGCCCGCAAGUGCCCGCGUGUGCAGCCUGGCAGCCGGGCGCCCUCUGCUAACACUUGCCCUCCCGGGGCCCACCGGCGCCCGUCCGGGCGAGCGUGGCUUCCGAGGGCAUGUGGUCCGGCCCCAGCGCUUUCGGUUUUCGGGGGAGCCGGGCCCGGGAUCCGAGGCGGCCGUGCUUGAGGUCCACGUCCCGCAGGUCCUGCACCUCCAAUAUGGGAUGUACGUUUGGCCCUGUGCUGUGGUCCUGGCUCAGUACCUGUGGUUUCACAGAAGAUCUCUGCCAGGCAAGGCUGUCUUAGAGAUUGGAGCUGGAGUGAGCCUUCCAGGAAUUUUGGCUGCAAAAUGUGGUGCCAAAGUAAUACUGUCAGACAGCUCCGAACUGCCUCACUGUCUAGAAAUUUGCCGACAAAGCUGCCAAAUAAAUAACCUGCCACAGGUACAUGUUGUAGGGCUAACAUGGGGUCACAUAUCUCGGGAUCUUCUGGCACUACCACCACAAGAUAUUAUUCUUGCAUCUGAUGUAUUCUUUGAACCAGAAGAUUUUGAAGAUAUUUUAACUACAGUAUACUUUUUGAUGGAGAAGAACCCCAGUGUCCAAUUGUGGUGUACUUAUCAGGUUAGAAGUGCUGACUGGUCACUUGAAGCUUUGCUCUACAAGUGGGAUAUGAAAUGUGUCCAUAUUCCUCUGGAGUCUUUUGAUGCAGACAAGGAAGAUAUAGCAGAAUCUGCCCUUCCAGGAAGACACACUGUUGAAAUGCUGGUCAUCUCCUUUGCAAAAAACAAUCUAAACAAUUUCUGAAUUAUACCUACAAGACUUUCUGUGACAAUGUCAAUGCCGAUUAGCAAACCACCAUGUAAACUAAGAUCCGAUCACUUCAGCUUGAGAGAAAAUGCAGUGGGCUUGAAGAUGCACAAGUCUGCUGGCCUUAGAUUGUCAUGUGUCACCUAGACAACACUCAUGGGUAACACAACAAUAAAAACAAAAAUUAAAACA